AUGGCCUCUUCAUUUCUUUCUUCUUCUAAUUGUAAAUGGAAAUACGAUGUGUUCUUGAGUUUUAGAGGUGAAGAUACUAGAAAGAAUUUCACUGACCAUCUAUAUGCUGCCUUAGAUCAAAAGGGAAUUUUCGCGUUUAGGGACGAUGAAGAACUUGAGAGAGGAAAGGAAAUUUCAUCUGAGCUCUUGAGUGCAAUUGAGAAAUCCAUGAUUUCCAUCAUAAUUUUAUCCAAAAACUAUGUUUCUUCUACAUGGUGUCUAGAAGAACUUGCAAAAAUUGUUGAGUGCAUAGAGGAGAAGCAACAUACUGCUUUACCAAUUUUUUAUUAUGUAAAUCCAUCUGAUGUACGGAAUCAGACCGGAGAUUUCAAGAAAGCAUUUGAUAAACAUGAAGAAAGUUUCAGGGAGAAUAAGCAAAAGGUGGAAAGCCAUGAAUCUGAAAUUAUCCAAACAAUUGUUAACAUGAUAUCCCGAAAAUUGGAUACUCCAUUCCCAAUUAAUGUCCCUAAGGACCUUGUUGGAGUAGAGUCUCGUGUCGAGAAAUUGAUAAAGUACUUAAAGCCACUGUCAAAUAAUGUUCGUUUCAUUGGCAUAGUGGGAAUGGGUGGAAUAGGUAAAACUACACUUGCUAGAGUUGUAUACGACUGGCUAUCAGAUCAAUAUGAAGGUUCUUGCUUUCUUGCCAAUGUUAGAGAAGUCUCUCAAAAUAGAGGUCUAAUUUGUUUACAAGAACAGCUUCUGUCAGAGGUACUUUUCCGUAAAAAAUCAAAUAUAUUGGAUGUUCAGAAAGGAAUCCAAUUGAUAAUAAGAGGGCUACAUCGGAAAAAGGUUUUGCUGGUUCUUGAUGAUGUUGAUAACAAGAAACAACUAAAAGCAUUGGCUGCUGCACCUGAUUGGUUUGUAUCUGGGAGUAGAAUCAUCAUUACAACAAGAGAUGAACAUUUGCUAGUACCAUGGAGUCCAAUAUAUUAUAAGGUUGGAGGAUUGGAUCAUGAUGAAGCUAACGAGCUCUUACAAAUGAAGGCUUUCAAACAUAAACAACCUACACAUGAACAUUUUGAGAUGUCAAAGCAUGUUCAUAAACUACACACAAGGCCUUCCGUUAGCUGUUGUAUUUGUGGAUCAUUUUUAUGUGACAGAAGUGUUGACAAAUGGAAAAGCGCCUUGGAUAGGCUAAAAGAACAUCCUGAUAAGAAAUUUUGA